AUGGCGUCUGCACUCAAGGCCCAGAGCAAGAUAGCAAGUAAGAUAGAGGCCAAGGAGAGCAGAAAAAAGCAAAAACAGAAGCGAGACGUGGCAGACGAGGACGAGGAUACGAUCAUGCAAGAGGCCUCCAAGGACAUGGUCAAAGUGGCGACCUCAACGAGCGAAACUAAAAAGAGAAACAAGCAAAGAGUGCUACUCCUCUGCUCUAGAGGUGUCACGCAUCGAAUGCGCCACCUAAUGAACGAUUUGGAGGCAUUGCUACCUCAGGUGAAAAAAGAUUCAAAGCUAGACUCGAAGAACAAUUUGGGACUUUUGCCCGAGCUUGCGGAUCUUAACAAUUGUAACAACACACUCAAAGACGCCGAAUGGACCAAGUAUCAAAAUGCAUGUGCAAACAUCCAUACGAUGGAUGAGCUUAAGAUGACUGGCAACUGUCUCAAGGGCAGCCGAGGGAUCGUCAGCUUUGACAAAGCAUUCGACGACACCGAGUGGGGAAGACUCGUCAAAGAAGUCUUUACACAGAUAUUUUGCGUGCCCCCUCUUGCCAGGCGGUCAAAGCCGUUCAUCGACCACAUCCUUACGUUCUCGCUACUGGAUGGAAAGAUAUGGUUCCGUAACUUUCAGAUUAUGGAAAAGAACCCAGAGCAGCCAAACGCUCCCGCACAGACCAGCUUGGUGGAAAUUGGGCCUCGAUUUGUACUGACACCGAUUAAAAUUUUCGAGGGUGCCUUCAACGGUGCAACCGUCUACUCGAAUCCUGAAUUUGUGACACCAACCGCGGUACGUUCGGCGCUACGAAGAGCCCAGGGAGAAAAGUACCGAAUCCGCAAGGGCGUCGAAAGCGAACGUGCGGAUCGGAGGGAACUGCGGAGACGACCGGAAGACGAACUGGCAGUAUCCAAAGUAUUUUCCUAG